AUGGACGGCGAAGUAGCAGCCGUGAUGAGUGCAGGUGAGGAGGUGGUAGAGUGUCUCUGCGGUCUUAAUACAUCGGGCGAGAAGCCAUUGGCGGAAAUCGCGGCAGCCUUCUCGAAAUAUGUUACAGCAGCUUAUUUCGAUGUCCGCGGCCGCCUCCAGACUGUCUGGCUGGCCUUCUUCGACAUCGUAGGAGAGACACCUCCAGAGGAUCAACAAAGGCUGGUGGACUUUGUCCUUGAGCUACGAAAGACGACAGCCGAGAACUUCUCGGGGCAUGCUAUUUUCCAUGAAAUUGAUGGGCACUUAUGGCAUGACCUCCCCGGAUUGACGAGGGCUGCUCGUGAUUAUUGGAACUUCAACGAGAAGACGGCUUUUCACAACGUGUCUGCAUUCUUGGCCCGCCUCACCAACUUCGCUGUUGACCCUGGCGAUCCCAGAGACCCACUCAACUACUCCUCCUUUGGCCUGUGCGCUCUGCUAGAGACAUUCGAGGAAACGGAAACCCAUGGUGACGAUGACUAUGCCGCCAUCAGGAGCGCGUCUAUGUGGAUUCAGUACUCUGGGGAUUCUUUGAAGGAAUUGGCAUUGAGAGAGCAAGACAAAAUGGAGGCCAGGGCUGGCAUUCCGAAGGAGCUUAGGGACAAACUAUGGAAGGGCUUGGUGCAGGAGAAAUGGGAGGUUUGGAAAGCAGGCUUUGAGGAGGUGGAAGACUCAGUCGCGGAGGCGAAGAUUGCGGCUCAGAUCAUGCGGGAGCUUUAA